UCUGUGGUCGUUGUCAUCACUGCUCGGUGUACAAACAAAUUGAAUUACUUGCACUGCAGCAGAACCGGCUUAUUUCAUUCCAUUUUUGAUUUUCUAGAAGUUAGUUCAAAUCUCAGCUCAGCAAAGAUGACGAAACUGAUGGAAUGGUUGGCUGUGGCAGCGGCGUUCUUCGCGGUGUACUUCUCCAUCGUGUGUCGCCAGGUGCAGCAUCCGGUUUUCGACCAGUACAUGUUCGCGAUUCAACUGUCGCCGCUGAUUCUGCUGGUGCUAUUUGGGCUCUAUUCUGCUACCGUUGUACUAUACCGGACGUUUACCUUCAAUAAUUGUGAGGAUGCUGCCAAGGAGCUGCUGGAGCAAAUCAAGGAAGCUAAGAAGGAUCUGCGAAGUAAGGGAAUGGUACUGAGCGAUUAGUUUUUAAGGCAAUUAUAGUGGUAAUGUUGUAAUAUAAUUUGUUCAAUGUAAAAUAAACGGAUUGAUAUUA